AUGAAGACUGAAUCACUCGCAAGCGGCAUCACGGAAUUCGACCCAGAGAACGGAUUAACAUUCGAAGUUUGGUUUGUUCGCUACGAAGAAUUAUUUAACGUCGAUGCACGAGACCUGACGAUGCCGCCAAGGCUGUUAUUGCAUAAAUUGAAUACGUGUCAUAAACAAUAUAUCGAUUACAUCUUACCCAGUCAACCGAAAGAUUUCACUUUAGAAGACACGAUUGGCUAUAUGCUUUUGAUUUAUGACAAUCCAAUUAACAGUUUUUGCAAUCAUGUCACUAAUCCUCAAGUUACAAUAUCACGACUUCAAGACUUACCACAAAAGUUUUCUAACGUUUUUAACACUAAAUUAGGAUGCUGCACUAAAACAAAAAUUUCUCUUCAUCUUAAAAACGAUGUCAGACCUGUAUUCCGACCUAAACGACCAAUCGCUUACUCAAUUCUUCCAUUGGUCGAUGCAGAACUUGAACGUUUUAUACAGGCAGAAAUUAUCUCUCUAGUGAGCUACUCGGAUUGGGCAGCACCAAUCGUUGUCGUUGGCAAGAAAAAUGAUCAAAUCCAUAUAUGCGCUGAUUUUUCUACUGGUCUAAAUAAUUCUUUGGAACCAAAUCGUUAUCCAUUACCUCAUCCAGACGAGAUUUUUACAAAACUAUCAAAUUGUAAGUACUUCAGUCAAAUCGACCUUUCAGACGCAUUCUUACAAAUCCAAGUAGAUGAGGAUUCAAAACAUCGUUUGACGAUAAACACACACCGCGGUCUCUUCAUUUACAAUCGUUUACCUUUUGGCGUCAUUGUGACCCCUGGCGAAUUUCAAAUCAUUAUGGACGCCAUGAUCGCUGGUCUCGACAAAGUAUUCGCGUAUAUUGAUGAUCUCGUCGUUGGAAGUCCAGACGAAACAACGCUUAGGGCUCAUGCAAAUCAAUUGAAACCCCGUUUUUCUGUUGAAACUACUAAAGAAUCUCCACAAGAUAAUCAGAUGCCAUUAGACAUUUUAUUGGAUACCUUUGAUCUUUCAAUUGAAGGGCAAGCUAAACCGGAGAUAACAAUCCUAGAGUCUCAAUCCGCAACUCUGGACAACAUCUCCGACGUUGACUGUUCUACAAUUAAUCAAGAGUCUGUUUCAGAUCUACCAUUACAGCCACUCAGACGCUCUAGUCGUAAGAGACGCUCUCCAAUAUGA